UGCUCCCUUGCAGUAAUUUAAGAUUCUUUUGGGGCUUUCUGCCCUGGAGAGUAGGGCUUAACAGUGGUUUGUUAUCAUAGUUUUCCUCAGCAAAUGUAAAGUUUAACUGAUUGGUGGUGAGAACUAUGUGCUUGGACAGAAUCUGUGUUGGAAAAUCAAUUUAUUUUAAGCUUUUUGUUUAUUUGCACCGCUAAUUUCAGUGACAAGUUUUAACAAGUAUUUUACAGAAACUUCCAGGUAUUUUAUAUUUUUGUUUUGUCUUACCUGUUUCUUCUUUUGUCUCAUGAAAUGUUUUGUCAAUGAAUAAUUGUUCCGGUAUUGUACUAAUUUUUUUUUUCAUUAAAAUUCCUUUUGGGGUUUGUUGGUGCUGUUUUGCACUAGGGAGCACCUGCUGUGAACUUCACUCUUUGAGUUUCUCUUUGUUUAAAGAUUCAUGUAAGCUUGUAUGUGCCUCUUUAGGGAUUAAAUUCCAGUGCUGUUACAGGUGCCAGCUGUUACUGUGACCCUUAGAGCUGUGAUUUAAAGGGCUUUGCAGAAUAAGCUGUAAGGAGCUAAGCCUCAAAGUUACAAUGAGAUGAUGCCAGGAACUGGCAUGCUGAUGGAGACAGGAGAAUGAAAGGACACAUUCAACUGAGCAGAGACUGGAAAUUUGAAUGGACCAGGAACAAGUGUCAGAUGUGUGAGCUUACUCAACUGAUAGCAGAGAGUAUUAACAAGGAACACAGUGAGUAGAAGGGAAUGUAAGUAUAGUGGUUGUAUGUGCUGCCUGCAGAGCGUCUGAGUGUGGCAGAAGCUGUUAAAUCAAGGGAUCCAGCACUGGGGAAGGGAUGCCUGAGAGAUGAGAGAAAUUACACAAAGAGCAUUGAAGAUGAGGCCCAGAUUAUUAUUGCCCAGGAAAAAAAGAAAAGGAAUAAGUAGAUGAAAGGAUUUAGUAGAGCUGUUGACAUGGAGAGAUGGGAUAGGAAGAUAAUCAUGGCAAGCUAUGUUUUUAUACAGGUAUAUGGGAUGAUCAGAGUGUUACAGAAGUUGGGAAAGCUUAGAAACUGUGUAGAGAGCAGUCUGGGGAACAGAACAGCAUCUCCAUGCACAGGGCAAAAGGCUGGGAAGAGCAAAAGCUGCCCUUUUGGUGCCUCUCCAAGUGGGAGCAGUGGAAUGGAGGAGGAGCUUCGCCGAGCUGAGAAGGAGACAGAUGCAAGCACUGGGCCACCUGAGCCUGGGGAAAGUAAAAAGAGGUCUCUAAUACCUGAAUCUAGAAGUUAAUCCAGAGGACCUGUUCUAUUAAAAAAACCUUCCAAUAUGAAAGAAUAACAGUUUUACAAAGAGAUUCACUGUGAGCAGCUCAAAAGGAAGAAUAAGGAUGCAGAGGAUCGUCUGGAGUUGUGCCUCCAUCAGUGUGUUGAGAUGGAAAGGUGUGAAAGUAAAGAGCUGGAUGUUGAAAUAAGGAACCUGAUAGAGAAGAGUAACACUUCCCAGUUGUGUGAGGACCCCAAACCUAUUGCACAAGACAGUCUGAACCCUCAGAGAACUUCGUGUUCCCUUAAGGUCCACAGUGAGACAGCCACUCAAGGCCAUCUUGGAUGCACGUGGGCAGAUGGGAGUGACAUGGAAGCCCCAGCAGACCCACUGGAGUCAAGGCACACAUUACUGACCAAAAAGAAGACUUCAUCACCCAGUUCUCUGGAACAACACAUCCUCUCACUGGAAAGACAGAGACGAGAGCUUCUGGAGGUGAACAAGCAAUGGGAUCAUCAAUUUAGAAACAUGAAGCAGCUCUAUGAAAAGCAGCUGGCAGAGAUGAAAGCAAGGCUGGACGUGUCAGAGAGGAGAGUGAGCGAGCUGGAGCAGGAGAGACAUCGGCAGCAGCCAGGGGAUGAGAGGUCGGGAGUGCUGGGCAGAGAGAAGCUGUGGCAGGAAAAGAAAGAAACAAAAGUCCUCAGUGAAGCCCUCCACGAGAUGAGGGAGGAGAACAAGCUGCUGAAGCAGAAGAACGCCUCCAUGGCUAGAAAGAAAGAGCACUAUGAGGGGGAAAUAAGCCGUCUCAAUAAGGCCCUUCUGGAUGUGUUGAAAAAGCAGCACUCGCCUGUCCUUGGGACUCCCCUGGGAAAGGGUGACAGGAAUAGCAUUGAGGAGAUGAGAACCCAACUUGAAGUGCUGAGGCAGCAGGUACAAAUAUACGAGGAAGACUUCAGAAAGGAGAGAUCUGACCGAGAAAGACUCAACGAGGAGAAAGAAGCACUGCAGAAAGCUAACGAGAGAUUGCAGUCUCAACUGAAUAAACUCAGCUCUCAGACAAAAGACCUCCCAGUACAGCCUGAGAGGCCCAGUUACCCACCUCCACUCUUCCUCUCACCCUGUGUGAAUUAUGGGAGGUGUGGGAUGGUUCUUCACUAUGCAGAUCCUCGAGUACAACCAGGGCCUUGCAGGGCACAUGAGCAGCAGCAGCACUUGCCAGACUAUCAGUGGUAUGUUCCUGACCAGCUUCCGCCAGAUGUGCAGCACAAGGCAGAUGAUUCAUCCCCGGAGAAGGGAGCCCAGCACUGACAGCCCGAGACCUGGAGAAGUGUAAACCAGAGGCUGCAAGCAAGUCUUGCAACUUCAUUAUUCUGUUUUCUUCUGGGGUUUUUUUGCCCUCAGCUCCUUAUCUCUUCAGUGCAUGUGAUUUAUGUGUGGUGAAAUCCCUGCGAGGACAAUAGAAAAGCAGAUCAUCCAGGCUGGUGAUCCUCAGGAUCCAGUUAAACUCUGCUGGGAAGCGUUACUGCCCUUUGUUCUGAAGAUGCUGUUUAUGCUGCCUUUGAGAAUCGGUUAAAGAGCCUUAUGAGAAAAGAUGCAGCCCUUGCUGGGGAUUCAGACUGUCACAUCUGUUUUGAAUCCGAGAGCUUAUAAACCCAAUAGUGUUGUGAUUUUUGUUGUUGUUGUUUGAGAAUUAUAGAGAGGGCUUACUUGAUUCCAGGGAAUGAUGUGUUGAUAUAUCAUCUCGAAUUCUGACAUCUUUUUCUUGGUUGGUAAAAAGGAAAUCUGCUUCACUGUUUGAACACAUUUGUGUAACUGCAAACAGGGUACCAGUGAUGCCAGGCUGAGUAAAAGGUGCCCCUUUCUGAGUCCAGGUCAGCUCUCAUUUUGUUUUGGCUCUAGAAUUAUAUGGAGAAAAGUAACCACAGGGGUUUUUUUCUGUGUGCACUUAUUCGUAUCAGAAGAAUUUUAGUAGAAAUAUUUAAUGGGUUUAAUUUCUCAGUGAAUAUGGCUUUAUAUUUCCAAAUGAUUCUUGUAAUGAGCCUGAAAAUCGUCGUGUACCCUCUGACCCAAGAAUAAAAUGUGGCUUUUUAAGU